UGCCGGGAUGGCGGGGGCGGGAUGGCGGAGGUGCCGGGAUGAUGAUGGGAGAGAGCAGGAUCACGGAGAUACCGGGAUGGCGGAGGUGCCGGGAUGGCGGAGGUGCCGGGAUGACGGAGGUGGGAUGGCGGAGGUGUGGGAUGGAGAGCGCAGGAUCACGGAGCUACCGGGAUCGCAGAGUCACCCCCGCCGCUACCGGCGCCAUCCAUCCCGCUCCCCCGGGAGCGCUCCCGGAGCCGAGGUGCUGCAUCCCCGGCAGCCGCUCUCAGGCCCGGAGCCUCCCGAGCGCUCUCGUCCCCCAGGGCUUCGCUCUGGCUGCUCCUCCCGGCUGCGGCGGCACCGGCGGGCGCUCCCACCGGCGAGUUCCCGGUGCCGGGCCGGCCGUGGCCGCGGGGGCCCCGUGGGGAUCGCGUCCCUGGCGACACCGCCCUGCACGGCUCGGCACGGACCCCGCUUCCCCGGGGCUGUCCCGAGGGGUUCCGCCACCUCCGGGCGCCCUGUGGUUCUGCCGUGCGCUGCCGGUGCUGCGGUCCCGGUGCCCGGUGUCCCCGGCGCCGUCUCUCUGCCGCAGGAGUCGGGGUCGGCGGUGCCGGGGGUCCCUGAAGCCAGAGGGAGGGCAGUGACGAUACCGGGGGUCCCUGGUGCUCCGGUACCGGGGGUCCCUGAAGCGAGAGGGAGGGCAGUGACGAUACCGGGGGUCCCUGGUGCUCCGGUACCGGGGGUCCCUGAAGCGAGAGGGAGGGCAGUGACGAUACCAGGGGUCCCUAGCGGGGGUCCCUGAAGCCAGAGGGAGGGCAGUGACGAUACCGGGGGUCCCUAGCGGGGGUCCCUAGCGUUGG